AUGUCCGAACAACCGGAGAAAGUCGCUCUUGUGACGGGAGCCAAUGGAAUAACCGGCGCCUACGUCCUCGCCCAACUCGUGUCGGAGCCUCACUGGACUCGAAUCAUUGCGACAUCAAGACGCAAGCCACGGUUUCUGCCCAAUGACACUCGCAUCGAAUUUGCCCAGGCCGACUUGAACGUUGACGUCGAACAAGUCGAGGCGCGGCUCAAAGAGGCCAAAGCUACAGGUGUAACUCACUUCUUUCAUAUGGCCUACGUGCAUCAUGCGGCCUUUGACAAGCAAUUCGAGUACAAUGUACCCUUCUUUCAAAACAUCCUCUACGUAGUGGACAAGCUCAACCGAGACACUUUGGAAAGGGUGAUCCUUCAGACUGGCGGCAAGCAUUACGGUUCCUUCUCCAAGAAAGCACCAGAAAGGUUGAUCACAGAGGAUCUCGGCCGUGUCAAGGAUCUUGGUCGCCCUAAUUUCUACUACGCCCAGGAGGAUUGCAUGUUCGAGAUCCAAAAAGGGAAGAAAUGGACGUGGACCGUAACCAGACCCUUUAUGAUCAAUGGAUUCAGCUACGGCAGCGGUCAGUCAUUUGCAACUACUGCCGCGCUCUACUUCACGAUCCAAAAGUAUCUUGGAGAGGAGGCGGUCUUCUCCCUGCCGGAGGAAGGUGACGAGACCAGCUACAACAAACGAUGGGAUGCAUCUUCCGCGUCCAACAUCGCAGCUUUCACUACAUUUGCGGCUUGCCAUCCUGGUGCCGCGGGCCAGGCAUACAAUAUUGUUGAUAACGAUCCCAACGAGAUUACCUUUGGAGAUAUCUGGCGGUAUAUCGGAGAGUACUUUGAAGUCCCGGUAACCACCAAGAAGGGGCACAACGCCGAGCACGACGUCCAGGCAAAACUGGACCGCGGAGUGUGGAAAGACAUCGUCAAAAAAUACGGGGGGGACCCUGAUGCCUGCGCCAACUACGGGACUUGGUGGUUCUUCCAAUUCCAGAUGGCGAUUACCUUCAAAACUCAUGUGAGCAUGGACAAGGCUCGUCGUGAGCUCGGAUGGACCACUCAAUGCGAUACAAGAAAGGAGCUUGGCAAGAUCUUCAAGUCUAUGGAGGAGGCCGGAAUUAUCCCAAACAUCCCGUAG